AAACAACUGCUAUUGAUCCCCUCCUUUACCCCCCCUCCAUCAUGUGAUGGUCCUGCCCAAGUGAUUUAAGCUGCGGGAGCGCAGAGCUGCGUCACGUUGAGCUGUGGAGCAGGGGUGUCCUGGCUGGUGUCUGCAGCAUGGAGCAAGGACUGGUUGUCACUCAGCUGGACAUUCAGCCUGGUGAGUGCAUCAAGGUCAAAGGGAAGAUCACGUCUGAUGCCAAAGGGUUUGCUGUGAACGUUGGGAAGGACAGCAGCAACCUCAUGCUACAUUUCAAUCCUCGCUUCGACUGCCACGGGGAUGUCAACACCAUCGUGUGCAAUUCAAAGGAGGAUGGCACGUGGGGAGAGGAGGACAGGAAGGCUGACUUUCCCUUCCAGCAUGGUGACAAGAUAGAGAUUUGCAUCUCCUUCAAUGAAAUGGAGGCGACGGUGAAGGUGCCUGAUGCGGAGUUCCAGUUCCCUAAUCGACUGAGCAUGGAGAAAAUUGAAUACCUGGCUGUGGAGGGGGACUUUAAAGUCAAAGCCAUUAAGUUCAGCGACAAGCUAUAGCUUGGUUUGUUUAGUUUGUCCCACCCCCCCGCAUAGUAAAAUAAACCCAAAUUCGCACUGGCUGCUUCAGCUGCUUUUUUUUCUGCUCUAAUCUGCUUGCUCCUGUGUACGCUGUAGGGGUAAACAGCGGGAGGGUGUAUGUGUCCAUCUAUGUGCCUACUUAGACUGUGGCCUUCCGGCUGGUACUGAGUUAGAUUGCAUGCCAGACCAAGCAUGACUGACUGACCAAAGCUACCUUAGCAGUAGUUGCUCCCUUCACUGUUUUUGUGGCCAUGAGCGACCCCUCGCUGUUUAGUUUCCAAGCUCUGGGAUGAGUCCCAGCCAGGGAAGCACAAACAAGUGUAUGUUGGGCAUGCGUUGUGCCACCUCUGACCAAGAAGUGGUGCUCCCAUCCCCUUGCUGGCAUGGGGGUGACAGGGAACAGGGUGUGCUCUUGCAAAUAGCUUUGCUUUCCAAGGACAUGCUUGGCAGAUGGAAGCAUUGUGAGUGCUAGAGAGUAGAGAAGAGCAGCCAAGACAGGCCAAAUGCACUCGCUGGGGAAAAGACAUGGAGUGUAAGGUAAACCCUAACAGCAGGCUUAGGAAUGAGGUCUUUAGAAUCCAGGCUAUCUUUGCUGCUUCGUGAGCUGUGGUCUUUAUGUUGUAAGAGACCCAGUAUUGUGUUGUACCAUGAAGUCAGUGGCUCAGCAACACUGCGGGUAUGGGUGACAAGCCAUGUAGCAGCCUGUAGGCCAGUGCCUGUAACACUUGGCUGCUAAGCUCCGGGGGCAGCCCAAGGGCAGUAUCAAACAGGGCUACUAGAAGUAUUAAAUCCUGAGUGCGCCAAGCACAACUAGUUACAGUUAGGCAGACCAAGAAGAAAAGAAAAUGCUUGGUGAACAGUCUGUUCUGCUUACAACCUCUCUGCUGCUGCAUGCCUUUGGAGUGUGUCUGCCGCUGCUCUUCCUCCACUGCCUGCUAGCCGUGCCUACCCAAGAUGGAGCUUGAGAUGGGACUGCUGCAACGUUUAAGGAUCUGAUGAAAGGUAAAACAAUCCCAUCUGUUGGGACGAGGUGGGAGCCUGGGCAUGCUGCCCAGGUUUAGGGGCUGGCUCUGUGACUACUGAAGCUACAGCAGUGCUGCCCCAGUGCAGCUCAGCUGGCAACAGACUGUGCUGGUGAGGUCUUGUGCAGCCAAAUGCUGCUGAAGUGGUGGAAUUUGACUCUUGUUGGCUAAUCUCUUUCAGCACGGCUGUUCCUAGUCCAGGGCUGCAUUUGCUCUUCCUUUGAACAGCUGAACAGUUGGGUCAGCUGCUUGGGUAGGGACAAUACCACUCUGCGGAGUAUUUAGGCCCUUUGAAGGUUUUUUAUGGGGUGCCUAACAGGCUGCAAGCCUGUUGCCUUUACGUAAACACAGUGGCUGCAUGGCAGUAAUGCUGUCUGGAUCUAUACUGCAGCAGCUGCCCCAGAGCGAUGAGGGGAUUUGCUUUGGAGCAUGGUACCUCCUGUUCCACUGAUGUCCUUUUCUUCGCUGUGUGAUAAGCCUUGUUAUGGAGGCCUUCUUACAUCUCUGCUGGGAGGGCAUGAGUUGUAGCUGUGUCUUGCCAGUCACUUUGUGGGUACAGGCAUGGUGACAGUGGGUAGACUGGGCUCUUUGUCUCUUCUCUGGAGCUGAUGCAGUUGAUAGCAGGGGACUUGGCUUUCUGGGCCCCUGUCCCUCUGGGAAGCAACGAAGGGCUCUGCUGUGGUGUCCAGGUUCAGCAGAAGCUUCUACUCUGCACUUGCUGGAAGAGUGGGAAAGGGGUUGCUGUAACCCAUCUCCUGCUUGGGAGGAAGACAGAGAUGGUAGGGAGCCCGACCAUGCUGCAGGACUCUCUCACUUGGCACUGAAUGGAGCAUGAAGAACGGUGUUUGUAAUUCCUGUCCUGCAUAUGCUGUGUUAUUUACAGGAUAGGUUGUGUUUAUGAGGCAAAAGGUGAGAGAAGGCUUGCUGAUAUCAGGUAAGUCUUGAGAUGGUUUUGGAAGGCUUUUUGUACUUGGGAUAGGGGAGAAGAAGAUGGCUUUUGUCUUGUUUCCCCUUCUAUCUCUGUUAUUAUCUGACUGCAAGUAACCUAAAUGAGGUGUACUAGCUUUUAAAGUUCAAGGCCCUUACGCUGCAGAGGCCCAGGGGAACUUGCAGCAGGCCCGUUUGCUGUCCCUGUUCCUGGCUGCCCUGAUUAGAUGAGGUGUCUGUCUUUCACCACUGACUAGUAAAGCUGAUCUUAUUUUUGCCUGUUCUGCUGGCAGUCCUGAUUUCUAGGUAGGUUAGCCGCAACUGUUCCUGACCACUGUGCUCAGAGUACCAACAGUGCAUUUAUGGGGGCUGAGCACCUCCCUCUUGCACUUUCCACAACAGUAAAUUAGGCUUAUCCUGCUUUCUCAUGCUGGCAGCUACCACUAAGGAGACCACAAAGCAGGAGAAAGGGUAGGAAGGAAGUUAUGCUUUUGCCAGUACUUCCUGCAUCUUGAGUUUUGUUCUCCCAUGUCCCAGAGCUUACUGAAAUACUCCUGUUCCCUUAAGUGAUGCUGGUAAACAGGCAGAGUGCCUUGCCUGGUGCCUAGAAUGGGAUAAGGCUUCUCUUCUGGGUAGAGUGGUCAAGAAAGCAAGAACGCUCUGCCCAGCUGCAGACAGAAGCUCACAGUGAGUGUAAAGUCUCUGCCAGGCAUGCUCUCCUGGAAGGCAGUGAACUCGGCUUGGCAGUAUCUCUGGGAGGACCCUGUGCCCUGUUUGCUUUGUAGAGAAGCAAAAAGCACCACAAUGUAGCCUGAUGGUGUGGGUUUCCCACUUUAAACCCUGCCUUGUGUGUAGUCAGUCCUGCAGUUCAGCAACACAUCCCAACAGGAGCCUACUGGGAGAACCCGCCCCUUGGUUAUCUGAACACUGAGACUGAGGGGGUCGUGGGUAGGGAAAACCACUGAUGCCCGCAAAGAGGGAUGCGUUUGCUGAAUCCUGCAAGUUUGCUAAUCUGUACUCAGCCUCCAUCCCUGGCUGUUCACCAGGAACCAAAGCUGUAUCACUUUACUUCCUUACAGCACUGUGGUGAGAGAAAAUGGGACCUUGAAAACCCUGCAGAACAGCUGUGAGGCUUUGUGCUACAACAUGGAAAUUUAGAUUGGAUAUUGGGAAAAGUUCUUCAGCUUUGUCAAGCAAUGGAACAGGCCACACAGGGGAGCAACAGAAUCACCAUCCUUGGAGAAAUAGGCCACCCGAGUGACUCUGCAGCUCCGCAAGCAGGCGUGUGACACUGUUCAGCAACUGUCUUUGGAGGCUGUGAUGGACACUGUGCACCCAGAAGCUGCACAUGGUGAUUUUUCCUCAAGCCAGUGAAGUGAGACUGCGCGCUUCACCCUGUGCUGGGCAUUAAUUGCAGGCACUGAAUGAGCCAGGUCACUGUCACCAGAUCCUGUGACAGCCUUUGGAGAAGAUGCUUGACUCAGGUAAGCCCC